AUGAAUCAAAUAUUAAAUAAAGUGCGUGAUGUGGAUCCGAAUAACAGUGAGGCGAUAAAGGAUGCCCUCUCGUCCUUUUUCCAGAACCUUCCGAAGUAUAUCGACCUGAAUUGCAACCAAUGGCUACGAUCUUUGCUGGACGCCAUCAACCGGUUUCCAAAGUACUGUAUGUCACAUAGGAAUACAAUAGAGACACAUUUGUGCUACUUCCUGGAUAGCAACAACUAUUAUAACGUCAUUGAGGCUGCUAAAUGUGCGCAUGCUUUACAACAGGUCCGUCCUUCCCAAGAAAAAACGGCUAACCCAAAAACUUGCUGGCGGGACCAAAUGGUGUCAUUGUGUAACGCCGCUCACACACUCAUUGACGCUACGUUCCCUCACGCUGUUGAUAUUUAUAAGCAAACUGAAAAGAACGACCAAGACCAACACUUAGCCACCUCCCCUCUUUCGACAGCCCUAGCAAACAUAAAAAAGACAACGAAAACAAGCAAUGUGAAUAAACAGUCAUUAUUGUGCACAAGACUGAGAAAUGUGUUUGUUUACAUCCAGGCAAUGCUUGUUGAAAUAUACCCAGUGGCAAAACCCAUUCGCCCGCAAUUAAUUCUGAACGUGAUAGUCCGAUCACUAAGUGUGUCAAGUGGAGUGGUUCCCGUAAGCCUUACUGGUGCUGAUGUCGCUGCGAUCAAGAUUCAAGCCCUGAGGAGUUUGGAUGCUUUAGUGGCUUGCUUGGGUCCAAAUUUGCUUCCAUUUUCUCCUCUAGUCUUCAGAUUUGUGAUGCAAACACUUAAAUGGACUUCGGAGCGUCCUAGCGGGGAAUCGCGCAAAACUCGCGUCUCUGCCUACAACAGCCUCACCCGCUGGCUAACCACACUGCACACACACCGCGUCGCGACCGAACACUCGCGCAGCUGGGACGACGAACUGACGUCACAUAUUUUAAACGACAUUACGCCGCCACGGAAGGUCGUUGAACUCACCAUGAGCAGCCACCCAACCAAACACCUUAGCAAGAAAGCGAAGAGAAAACUAGCCAACACAAUUCUGCAAGAAAGUUCCAUCUCGUCGCACAUACCUGCGGAGAAAAAUAAAGUCCCUAGUUUUGACGAAGUUAACGACGAAGUAGCGGUGGCAGCUUUAGAAUGCGCGGAAACUUUUUUGAAUGUUUGUGGUAUAUUCAUAAAACCGACUAUUUACAAACGAUUCCAAGAGCUUCUAGUACGCGAGUGCUAUAACUCAGACUUGUACAGCCGUUCUCGAGGGAUGGGUCUGUUAAGGGCUCUCGACGCCACUCGCAAGUGCGUGCCGCCGGGUGUACCUCCGCCCACGCAAUAUUGUUUGCAGCUUUAUAGCACUAAAAUUAACAGCCAGCAUACUGAGAUUUCAACAUUCUGUUCUCGCGCACUUCUCGACAUAAGGCUCCAUCUGCACUGUUCACCGCCAUCGCUCAAUUUUGCCAUACAGCCGCAGCCGGAGAACAGAACACAGGAGAAGGAGAAAGACGUUUCGGCAAGGAACAGGGCUGCUUUGGAGUCGCUGUUGGGUAUAGAAAAAGUACCCAAAGAAAAGGAGGAAGUAAUAACAAUUCCUGACGAACCUUUAGUUAAGAAAGCUCGCAUUGAAGACGCCACAGACAACAUAAGCGUCAGCAGUGAAUCAGUACAGUCUGUAGAAGUCAAUGAUGACUCUGAUGUGGAACAAAGCACUGUCCCAGAUGUAGAAUUGAUUAUAGAAAAUAUACAAGACAUUGAACCUAGCGAUGAAAUUGAUGAAGAAGUCCCUGAGGUAAUAGUUGACGACCUUGAAAGUGAAAGGGUAAAAAUAAUAACUGAAGGGUCUGAUGCACAGCACGUAAUUCAAGAGGAAAUAAUUAUCGAAGAAAACUUUACAAGGGCAGUGUCAAAAAUUAAAAAUAAAAUUCAAGAGUGCGAAAUUUAUGCCACUGAAAAGAUAAACAUCUAUGAAGCAAAUACACAAAUGCCUUCAAACAUGGACAACGAUACCAUCGAUGGAGAAGAUAGACCGCUUUCCAUGGAGGUUGCUUAUGACUUUCCUAACACAUGUAAAGAAAAUGUGCCCGUAAUUGGUAAAUUGGAAGACGAGAAUUUACCGAGUACAAACGAAACUGAUGACAUUCAAAUAACUUGCGGGCAAGUCGUUAAGAACUCACAGGAAGUUGAUGGAAGAAAAUGUGUAGAUGAUAAAACCGAAACUACUAAAGUAAAUGAAGUAAAUUUACCAGAUAAAGUUGUUCCGAACGGAGACACCCCCGAAGGUAAUAACGAAAUUUCCAGUAAAUUAUCAAGAAAUAAUGGUUUGACUGUAGACGACAUGUUAGCUGAUUUUGUGGAUGAAGUCAAAGAAGACACGCAAGUUACUCAAGCUUGAAUAAUUUACGUAUAUUAAUAUUACAUAUGUUAAUCUUUUUCGUAUGAAAAUGCCAAUCUUUCAAUAAAUAUUUACGUAAUUA